CCACUACAAUGGAGAUAAUUUUCUAGGCCUGCCAUUUACUGUGUGCGGCGCACCGAGUAGCGGUGAAGAUGAUGGAGAGAAGAAACGCAUUAUCCGUAAAAAACUCUGAAUAUUCAUACUGCUAAUUUGUAUACCCAAUCGGAAUGCCGUUCGUCGCGUUCAUCGAUGUCGUUCUUAAACCCUAGAAUCAAUCAAUUUCUGCAAAAUUUCCGAGUUGAAACGGACGAGCUGUGAGUUUCUAUGAGCGAGAAUCUCUACGCAAGAAAUAAUGUUGUUGCAGUUGACAUUAAUCACGUGCUUCCUUAAUCCCACCGGCAUGGUUUGUGUUGGUUCUCUGUUGGUUUUUAGUCUUCUUCUGAUGUUGAAUUCUGGCGAAUUCGUCUUUUACACCGAUGAAAUUACUCGCCGCCGCAGCUGGCCCCAAAUCCUCCGCGCGGUGCUUUUCUUCCGCCGCAGUUAACAGUGGCCGCGGCGGCGAUUCUGGAGUUCCAUCAAUUCCGCCUCCUGUACGGCUGCGAUUGCGUCGAUUAAGGUCAUCUGUUGAUAAUGUGAAGCUCUCCAUCUCUAAUCAUGGUUUCUACGGCAGAAGGACGAUUAUUACUAGGUUUCAGCCCACUGUUCGAUCAGCUUUAGCUGAAAUUUCUUCGACAGAUGGCCCUCCGUCGUCAAAUUCAAAUGCUGAUAAAAAGCUUGCAGUGGUUGCUUGGUCCGCCAUAACUCUGGCACUAGCGGUUUCGAACCGUGUGCUUCAGAAACUUGCUCUUAUCCCCAUGAAGAACCACCCCUUCUUUCUGGCUCAACUCAACAGUUUUGUGUAUGUGGCGGUUUUCUUUUCUGUGCUGCGUGUGAGAUACCGUGCUGGCAAAACGACCGACGAGAUGUUAGACCUUCCCAAAUCACCGUUUAUCGCGAUUGGUUUUCUUGAAUCCGUUUCAAUUGUUUCUGCGAUGUAUGCUGGAGCGGUACUCCCAGGACCAGCUAUACCCUUAUUAUACCAGACAUUCCUGGUUUGGCAGCUGGUCUUUUCCAGCAUCUUAUUGAAGAGAAGGUACUCUCUCAACCAAAUUCUAGGAUGCUUUCUCGUGGCAGCAGGUGUCGUGGUGGCAGUUACGAGUGGAGCAAACAGUGGUGGAAUGUUCUCUGGAGUUGGAGUUUUGUGGCCAAUGCUCAUGAUAGCUUCAAGUGCUUUCCAAGCGGGUGCAUCUAUAGUUAAGGAGUCUGUAUUCGUUGAUGCUGCAACCCGUCUUAAGGGGAAAUCAUUGGACAUCUUCGUCGUCACCUCUUUUGGAUCCGGGUUUCAGGUAGUGACAUUUAGAUUGCUAAAAUUUCUUUUGCUCGUCUAUUGUUGUGUUAGGAAAGUGCCAAUUUCAAUUUAUGUUCUUUCACUUCCAUUGCCAUAUCUACCAAAAGGUGUAAGCUUGAGCCCAUUUUUCCAUCUGGGAUCUGCGAUUCUCGUUGUGGGGCUCAUCCUGUACAAUACACCCUUACCUCGGAAGCCCGAGUCUGCUAUUCCGUAA